UCAAGGUACACACAAAAAUCUAUCCGUUACCAUUGAUUUAUUCUCUCCUAUUUCUUCUUUGGCUCUGGAAUCUUUAGGCAACUCUGACUGCAUGAGAAUUUCAAAGGUUAUUCUUUCUGAUGCCAAUGUGUCGGGUGAGGGGGAGCACAAGAUAAUGUCGUACAUUCGCUUGCAAAGAAAUCUACCAGGGUUUGACCUGAAUACACCACAUUGCUUGUAUGGGUUGGAUGCUGACUUGAUCAUGUUAGCACUAGCUACUCAUGGAAUGCAUUUUGCAAUUCUUAGAGAGAGAAUAUCAAAAUGGGAGAUGAUCGAGGUUGAUCCGUUGCCAAUUACUCAAUCUAAUAAUAGAUGCAAGGGCCGAUGUCGGCCUCAUGGGACUGAUUCAUUACCAAAAGGUAUAAUCCGUGAGACCUCCAACUUAGAGAUGCGACAUUAUGGUGUUUCCCAAAGAAAAAGGUGUGUGAAACAAAUGCAAAUUUCAAUUGGCGAUGGAACCAAAACUGAAUUUCCUUCAUUGUUAUAUACGGAUUAUUAGAUGCCUGUGUUGCUUUUUGCCAUCUAUGGGUGGCGAUAAAAAUAAGAAAAAUGAAAGAACCGUCUGCUAAUGUCUUGUUAAAUGGACUCUUCGAGCAGUUAGUCAUCACGUGUAGUUGCACAAACAAUCUCCAUUGGCAUAUACAGUACACAUGUACAAAAUCCUAACUGCUCUUCUGGUGCACCCCACCUUGAAUGGGCAUUCAGCCAAAAGUAUACCAAUUAGGCAAAAUCUUAAUUAGAUUAUAGAUUUCAGCUCCAUUGAUCAAGUGGGCCAUGAAUGUAUGAGAAGAUGGUUAGAAAAGAAGGUAACAAACCCUCUAUAUGCAACAAACAUGUGUCACGGGCCAGGUCAUGUUAACAGUUCUCGUACCUAAAGAGCCAGGAUUAUGCACAUGUGCGACAUUAGCACAUAUGCAGCAAAUCACCUCAUUAGUAUUACCAUGUUAUUUUUCCGGCACUUCGUAUUGAUUUCUUUUAAUAUUUUUGAAUCAGGGGAACAUGAAAGC